AUGCCGGGAAUCAGUCUCGCCGAAACGAUCAGCUCACUGAGCGUCAACGACGAAUGGGGCCCCGAAGUCACGACGGCCACAACCCUGGAUGGCGUCCCCUACGCCCCGUAUUCAAAAAGUGAUAAACUGGGCCGCAUGGCCGACUGGACACAAGAAGGCAAAGAAGGUCGAGAUCGAGGUGGAAGACAAUAUGGCAGAAACUUCAGAGACCAACAAGUCUACGGUGCGGGUACAUCCUCGCUCUUCGCCGUACAGUCCGCGGAAGACGAAGCCACCUUCUCGGUCGUCGACAACACCAGAGCAACCACCAAGACGAGAGGUUUCGGACGAGGCGGAGUGACGGUCUUCCGUGGCCGAGGCCAGCGAGGGCAGGCUCAGCGUGGUGGCAGAGGAGGCUUUCAGAGAGUCGGACAAACCCAGAGGGCAGGCCAGCAACAAGGCCAGUACUUUGACAACAGAGGAGGCCGAGGCCGGGGAGGUCGUCGAUUUGGCUGGAGGGAUUACGACAAACCGCAGCGGAAUCGUGACUCCUCGGUCAACAUCCGGCCGGACUGGAUCAUGAAAGAGGAGAUCGACUUCAACAGACUGGCCAAGCUGAAUCUGGAGACCCCCGACGGCGAAGAUGUCGACAGCUACGGGUUCCUCUACUACUAUGACCGAUCCUUCGACAAGCCUCCCGUGAAGAACACAGAGCGGAAACUCCUUUCCCUCGACCGCGCAGCCUACAACGUGACCACCUCGGCCGACCCAGUCAUCCAAGAACUUGCAGAGAAAGACGAAGCCACCAUUUUCGCCACCUCAGACAUCCUCUCCAUGCUCAUGUGCGCUACCCGGUCCGUCUACAGCUGGGACAUUGUCAUCGUCAAACACGGCGACAAGAUCUUCCUGGACAAGCGCCCGGACAGCUCAAUCGACCUCGUCACCGUGAACGAGAAUGCCGCGGACGCACCUCUAGAAGCCGACACCUCGUCCACGCCCUCGCAACAACAAACCGGCGUCAAGCCAGACAGCAUCAACACCCCGUCCAACCUGGCCAACGAGGCAACCAUGAUCAACCACAACUUCGCGCUGCAAGUCGUGCUCGAGAACAACAACUCCAAAGUUGAAUUCCCCCACCCGAACCCCUUUUACAGCGCGUCCGAAGAAACCGACCCCUUGGCCUCCAAGGCCUACAAGUACCGCCGCUUCGACAUCAGUCUGAACAACGACGAAGAACCCAUCAACCUGAUCGUGCGCACAGAGAUCGACGCCGCGACAAAGAACAACAUCUCCGGCGAGGACCAAUUCCUCGUGCUCAAGGCGCUCAACGAAUUCGACCACAAAGCCCAAGGCAGCGGCGGUGCCCUGGACUGGCGCACAAAGCUGACCUCGCAGCGCGGCGCCGUCGUCGCCACCGAGAUGAAGAACAACAGCUGCAAGCUCGCGCGCUGGACCACGCAGGCCAUCCUCGCCCGAGCCGACCAGAUGAAACUCGGCUUCGUGUCGCGCGCGAAUCCCAAGAGCGCGGCCAACCACGUCAUCUUGGGCGUCGUGGGCUACAAACCCCGCGAAUUCGCCAGCCAGAUGAACCUGGGAUUCAGCAAUGGGUGGGGCAUCGUGCGUACGAUUGUCGAUCUGGUGCGCAAUUUCGCGGAUGCUGCCGACGAGGAGGACGGGGUCAAGGACCACAAGUACGUGCUUGUCAAGGAUCCGAACAAGCCGGUCAUUAGGCUGUAUGAGGUGCCGCUGCAUACUUUUGAGGAUGAGGACGACGGGCUGGGCGGUACUGUGGGCGGCGAUGAUGGAGCCGGCGAGGACGGCCUGGACGAGUAA